AGAUGUUGAACCGGACCGUCUUUUAAACGGUCCCGGUCCAGGACCGGUCUGGAUCGAUCUUUUGAAGGACCCAAUACAACCUUGGUAUUGUAGCGAACAUAUUCACUUAGAAUCAUGCAAACGUCUCGCUCAUCGUUGA